AGAAGAGAAAAAGGCAACAAACAGAGGAGAAAGUGGGGAAGGAAAGAGAGAGGAGAGAAGAAGAAAGAGGGGCAACAGGUGUCAGGAGAGGAAAAGAGAGGAGCCCCCUGUGUGUGGAAGGUGGGAGAAGGAAAUCGGGGAUUGUAGAGUCCGGGGUACGGAGGGUGAAGGUCGGGGAGGAAGACACUGAGGACUGUCUUAGAAUCAUCCAAAGAGGAGACCUUAUCAGAUCUGGUGUGAUCGCAACCCCCGCGUCCAGGGAGAGUAACCACGCCACGCCGAGCGAGUGUGACCGCCCCGUCCAGCGGGUCAGAUCAUGUCUCGGAGGAAGGAGGUGGUGACCCUGACCGGCCUGUGCCUGCAGAACAUCGCGGACAACAUGCAGAGCGUCUGGAUGAAGGAUUACAUGACCAAAAAUAUGGAGGAAUACAAUUUCCUCUUCAUCGAAGGACCCUUCAACCAGCUGGCCGGCUCGCUGGUACAGGAACUGAUCAGGAUUCUAGGAGAGUCCCACAAGCUGAAUAAAGGAAGCCUCCACCUCCUCCUUCAGCCUCACCUGUUGGAGCUCAGUCUGCGUUCCUGCGCCGGGAUCGUCAAUGUCGCCAUCAUGCAGCUCGUCACCGUCCGCUGCAAGCACCUGACCUCCCUGGACCUGCACUCCUGUAACCGUGUUCCCGCGGCCUCAUUGGCUACACUCAUCGAAGGCUUGCCCCGCCUCACCAAGCUUUGCCUGGCCGACACCCAGUGUGACUCGCUGGUUUUGGAAGCCAUUGGAAGGAGGUGCCCGCGACUUUGUGAAUUGGACGUAUCCCGGUGUAAGAAGGUUUCAUCGUCUUCGUUGUUGUCUGUGGUCUACGAUACUCAAGGUGCCGCCUUCUGCUGCCAGGCGCUGAGGGUCCUCCUUCUGCAAGACGUGAAACCAAAGGGCAGCCCGGAGCAGUGGGCACAGGCGCUGUGCUUUAUUCUGCUGGCAUUACCGAGCCUGGAGGAACUCCCCAACCCUUCCCUAUCCGCCGCCCUCAAUCUUCUCUACAAUAAGAGUUUUACCAAAGCCGGCACAUGCAUUGAUGGCUUCCCUCCGUUGGCGGAGGUCGCCCAGUCUAGGACGGCGAGUGAAGGUAAGAUCAAGGGAGCUGCAAACAUGAGGAACCAUCAGUUGAAUUCUCCGGCAUCUUCACCAAAGGUAACCCAGCAGAGAAGUUCUGGGAUGCCGACCCUCCGCCUAAAGAAGCUGGAGGACCUGGAGGAGGAUGACGUGUCGGCAGUUGGGUCUCUAUGCCCGCUGGUGGAGGAGGUCGCCAUCUCUCUCGGCGACCAACCACUGGCUUCCUGGAGUUUAGUGCAAUGGGCGCACCUCACCAAACUGACCCUGCACUGCCCACAGAAGCCGGAGAGGACCUUGGAGGAGUUCCUGGCCGCAUUGCAGGUCACCGGGAACAGUCUACAAGUUCUAUCCAUACAGAACCUCAUGUGGUGCCAGGACCACUCUUUGCCCGCUCUGCUGACCAUGUGCCCAAAUCUCCGGAGCUUCCAGAGUCACUUCACGGUGCUCCGCCAGAACCUUCCGCCCAACGAGCCGGAGCUUCCGGCCUGGCCCCGGGACCCCUUGCCCCUCCCCCGCCUGCACACCUUUAGUUUGCUAAUAGAAGGGGAAGGCUCAUCUCAGAACACCUUCCGGCAUAAACUGGGGGGCUUCCUGGUGUCGGUCCUGAAGGGGAGCCCCCAGCUGGAAUCGCUGUCCCUGUGCGGGGUCCAGGCCCCCCUCGAUAGCGUGUUUGAGGUCGUGUACGGGUCAAGCCCUCCCCGACCCUUGCAGAGACUGAGGGCGGUGUCCCUGUGCGGCAGUAACGUCACCCAGUGGGGGGCGUCCCUCGUCGUUCGCUCCGGGAGUGACCUGAGGACUCUGGACUUGUCUCACUGCAAGGAGGUGACCUGCCGGGACCACCACCAGCUCCAGGAGCGCGCGCGCAAGGAGAGGCUCAACCUCACCAUUAGCUGGCUCUGAAGGCGCCAAGAAAGGCCCCACUUUAAUGUCCACUUUCCAACGUCCCACCUCCCAACGUCCCACCGUCCACCUUCCAACGUCCCACCUCCCAACGUCCCACCUCCCAACGUCCCACCUCCCAACGUCCCACUUUCCAAUGUCCCACUUUCCAAUGUCCCACUUUCCAAUGUCCCACCUCCCAACGUCCCACUUUCCAAUGUCCCACCUCCCAACGUCCCACUUUCCAAUGUCCCACCUCCCAACGUCCCACCUCCCAACGUCCCACCUCCCAACGUCCCACCUCCCAACGUCCCACUUUCCAACGUCCCACCUCCCAACGUCCCACUUUCCAAUGUCCACCCUCAACGUCCCACCUCUCAACGUCCCACCUUCCAACGUCCCCUUCCAACGUCCCACCUCC